GCAUGUCACCACUCGCCUCCGUGUCGCGCUCGCACGACAUGCACUACGCGGCAUCUCACACUCAAGUAUAAUUCGCACGAAAUUCGACAUUAGCGUGUGACGGGCAAAUAAUGUAGAAAAUAGUGCGAGCCACAACCCUCGAUGUAAAGUAAAGGAAUAUAUCCAGUGAUAACUAUGACAAGCAAUAUUUUAAUACAAUAUAAUGGGUUUAAACAAACUCAUGUUUAGAGUUUCAAGAAAAUUAGGAUUGUGCAUAUCAAAAAUAUGGAUAUUCAAAAGCAACAUCUAUGUCCACGGUUGGUGGAUUAUUUAACCAUCGUUGGGGCCAAGCCGUAUACGUCAGGCAAAGGAUUGGCACCAGUCCAGGCACCUGAACUUCUUCGCCGCUAUCCUUUAACAAACCACGAUGACUUCCCGCUACCUUUGGACAUGGUGUACUUUUGCCAACCCGAAGGCUGUAUGUCAGUGGGACCACGGCGACAACUCGCUCACAUUACAACACGAGACACCACGUCGUUUGUCUUUACGCUUACUGAUAAAGAUUCUGGUAAAACUCGGUACGGAAUUUGCAUCAACUUCUACCGCGCUGUGGAGCGUGCGCCGGCGCCAGGCCCUCGCGAGCGCAGCGUGCUUCGACGAGAAUCGUGGCGAAAGUCUAUGGAAAAAAGCUCAGAUUCAGCAUUCUCUAGUGACUAUAGGAGCAGCAACGUAGCGCCGAGUGACUCCGAGCGGGACUGCAGCGCCGCGCCACGAUUGGCGCCCGUGCAGCCGGACUCGGAGAGCGGCGGCUCGCACUCGCCCAGUCCGCGAGCAGCCAGGAAGAGACAGAGGGUGCGGAACCAUUCUUUAACGUCCAUAUGCCUUUUAUCCCACCAUCCUUUCUUUUCAACAUUCCGAGAGUGCCUCUUUAUCCUUAAAAAAUUAAUCGAUGCCUGUAACGAGUCUUCCAGUCCAAGGCGCGUUGGUGCGUCUAGACAAAUAUUUAGAGAUACGGUGUGGUCGGUGCUGACUGGGCAGGCGUACGACAACACACCCACAAUCGUGGUGCACGACGUGAAAGAGAUAGAGACGUGGAUCCUUCGGCUGCUGUCGGCGCCCGUGCCAGUGCCCGGCAACACGCGCCUGGAGCUGGAGGUGCUAUCUCCCACCGCGCACGCACCGCUUGUCUUCGCGCUACCGGACCAUACUCGGUUUACGCUCGUCGAUUUCCCUCUCCACUUACCCUUGGAAUUGCUCGGAAUCGACACGUGCUUAAAGGUACUAACGUUGAUCAUGUUGGAGAACAAAGUCGUAGUGCAGUCUCGCGACUACAACGCGCUCUCCAUGUCCGUGAUGGCGUUAGUCGCUAUGCUGUAUCCGCUGGAGUACAUGUUUCCCGCAAUACCACUGUUGCCUAGCUGCAUGAGUUGCGCUGAACAACUACUGUUGGCCCCUACACCGUUCCUUAUCGGAAUACCGGCAACUUUCUUUACUUACAAAAAGAACUUCAGGUUACCAGAUGACAUUUGGCUCGUGGACUUGGAUGCAACAAAACUCACGUGUCCUACUGGUAACGAUCAGGACUUACCAUCUCUACCGGAACCGGAGAGCUCAGUUUUGAAAAAUCAUUUGAAACAGGCUAUGCAAGUCAUGGGAACCGCCGGAACUGGUGCUAUAAACAGUUUAACGAACAGCUCUGCAGAACAAGCGUCUGCACCGCUUAUGCCUUCAAGGAGAGACAGCGUUGGAGGCGCUACACUGAAAGUUCAGCCAGCGUCGUUCCGCGAAGGCUCGCACAGCACGCCCGAGAGCCGGCGUGUGUCGGUGGGCAGCGCGCACACACAGCGCCUGUCGCUCGCGUCGCCUCAUUCGACACCUGCGCCUAAUUCACCGCAAUUAGCGCCGCAACCUUUCAACCCGCUCAUAUAUGGGAACGACGUUGACUCCGUCGACAUCGCUACCAGAGUCGCCAUGGUACGUUUCUUCAACUCGCAGAACAUAUUGGCCAACUUUAUGGAACAUACUCGUACACUGCGAUUAUAUCCGCGACCCGUUGUAGCUUUCCAAAUAAACAGCUUCCUGAGAUCGAGACCUCGUACCACUUCAUUUUUAAACAAAUUUGCCAGAACCCAAGCAGUAGAAUUCUUAGCGGAAUGGUCAUUGACACCGUGUAACGUGGCAUUUCUUCGCGUACAAACUGGAGUGUUCGAUCCUCGUCAAAUCGGUGACAAACCGAAGUGGUUUGCAGAUCAACUUCAACCAAUCCGUUUUGCCGUAUGGGAUGACGGUAGCUCCCUUAAUGGUGCAUUGCGUCAAUUACAGAGACAAGAAAAUCAACCUACUGAUGAAAGUGGAUCAGACUCAGAAGCCGCAGAAAGUACGAGUUCCUCAUAUUCUUCUUUAAGUGAUUUCGUUUCCGAAAUGGCUUCUUCUGAUUUAUCACCAGGAGGAAAUGUUCAUCAACAACACGUCAUUGGAGAAACAUAUAAUGCGGUUGUACAAGUGCCAAUGACACUUUCGUCUUCAUUAGACCCUAAAACUGUAUACAGCCCUCCAUCAUCACUCAUGUUCGGCGAAGUAGAAGAAGUACGUAAAGAAGGGCGCGAAUCCACGUCUCCGUCGCCAUCCGCCUCCAGCUCCGAACACAGCGACCUCUCCGAUGAUGACGUGCCGGGUGUCAUGGAUAGGCCCGACGUUAUCGACACUCAACCGGCGCCUGUGAAGAAGAGCGACACGGACAGCGGUAGCUUGGGGCGCGAGUCUGACUCCAACUCGACCACGACGCCCGCCACUAUAGCCUCGCGUCGCCCCCGCACGCCCGCAGAGCCCGACGCGCACUCCGCCGCGCACUCCGCUGCACACGCGCACUCCGCGAGGACUAGGAGUUCAAAUGCGGGAGUUUCAAGACAAGCAUCACAGACGUCACUACUGGAACAAUUUGCUGCACAAGCGAAGGAAUUAGUGCGUGAGACCACGCGUCAAGGCAGUCAGGAGGGCUUGUUAGCUCACAUGGACAAGAAAGGAAAAGUAGCGCAAGGAGAAGAUAAGAAAAUGUUUGCGCCUUUCGACAAGCUAACAUUGCACGCCAAAAAGGCGGCUGAAGAAGCAUCGAAGAGUGUUCAAGAAGCUUCCAAGUCCGCGUUGGAAGCGAGCAAAACGGCAACAGCUGUGAGCAAGAACACAUUUGAAGAUCUAACUUACGUGGGCAAGUCGACUUUUGGAGAUUUCACUAAAAGUGCUAAGGAAGUUGCUGCGAAAAAGGGCUUGCUGAAAGGCGAAAGUCAAGAAGGGCCUCUUCCACCGAACGCAAGAAGAGAUUCUACAGCGUUACAGACGACGAACUUACUCGCUACCACUCAUCGAGAUUUCUUUUCUAAUAUUAGCUCUGAUUUAAACGGCCUUGCGGCUUCCACCUCUAGCAUGUUCAGCGACUUCUUCGGUUCGAAAGGUAAGCAGCCGAAAGAACCAGAGGGUGCACCGCUGUCCGCUACGUUUGGACCAUUCUCGCAAGGUGCACGUGGCUUGGUGCAGCGCUCGCCACUCAUCCGCCACGCCGCGCCCACGCCCGUAGCGCCGCAGCCCACCACGCGCUCCGCCAACAGCGAGAAUCAGGCAUUCCUCAACGAUUUAGUGCAACACGUUCUGGAAGGUGAAGGCGUCGGAUGGUUAAAACUUAAUCGUUUGAAAAAGCUGAUGGAAGACGAAUCUUAUAGAAAUAUGGUGCUGAGUAAGCUGAAUAAAAAUUUCAACAGAAAGACGACUCCUACUGAUAAAGUGGACGAUGUGUUUAUCAGCAAAGCAGUUUGGAAGGGUAUGCUGAAAGUACUGCAAGCAGUAAUCCAUGGCUUAGAACACACAUAUUCAAACUUUGGUCUCGGUGGAAUGGCUUCUGUUUUCCAACUAGCGGAAAUGGCACAUACGCAUUACUGGAGUAAAGAAGUCGCGGGCCUAGAACAUGGAGGAAUGGCAGGAUCUGCACUUUCGGAGCACUACGGAAGACAUGAUAUUGAAACUCCUUCAUCUACGCCUUCUUCCAGAAAAAGUUCGCAGUCAGAUGUUCCGGUCGUUAACUAUCCAGAAAUGGAUUCUAAUGACUCUCAGAGCACAACGGAGAUGUUUAAGGAUAUGUUGAAUCAGAAGAGAAACCAGCUGUUUAGCAAAUUGACGUCAUUUGAUUCCGAUGCGGCGACGUCGGAGUGCUCGCAGGACAGCGGCUCCAUCACCACCAACCGCGCCACGCUCGUCGACCACCGCGCCUCCUUUAAGUCCAAUCUAUCUGACACCGACGUCAUGUUCCUUAAUGUUAAUCGCGCUACUGCCAAAGGUCGUACAGCGAGCGUCUACUCAGCCAAGUCGACGUUAAGCGGCCGACCGAUGGCAGGAGUGCCUACGACCUCGCCGAUUACGUCUCCUGAGACGGCCCGUACUUAUCUCUUUCAAGGACUUAUUGGCAAAGAACGAUCGAAUUUAUGGGACCAAAUGCAAUUUUGGGAAGAUGCAUUUCUUGAUGCUGUUAGUCAAGAGCGUGAUAUGAUUGGUAUGGAUCAAGGAGCCAAUGAAAUGAUGGAACGUUACAAAUGUUUGAGUGAAACAGAGAGGAAGCGUCUCGAGCACGAAGAAGAUAGACUAUUGUCCACUGCUUUGUAUAACUUGACAGCAGCAAUGGUAUUGUUUGGAGUAGAAGCAGAUAUAGUUCGAAAUAAAGUGCGACGACUGUUGGCUAAAAGUCAUAUCGGACUUGUCUACAGCCAAGAGGUCAAUCAUCUUUUAGACGUCGUACAUAACUUGCACGGGAACGACAUAACGCUGAAGGCCUUGGGCUCGCGACAAGUGCGACGCGCCACCUUCACCGUGCAUGAAGCCGACGCGGCCGGCGCACUGCGCUUCCUGGAGGUGCGCCACGACGGGCUCGUGCUGCGCACUACACACGGAACUAUCGUCGAGAGGUGGUGGUACGAGCGUCUAGUGAACAUGACGUACAGUCCCAAAAUACGCGUUUUGUGCCUUUGGAGGAAAAAUGGUGGUCAGACGCAGUUACACAAAUAUUACACUAAAAAGUGCAAAGCGUUGUACUACUGCAUCAAAGAGGCGAUGGAGAAGAGUGGGCGGCGGCAGGACGCAGCCGAGCUGGGCGGGGAGUUUCCCGUGCAGGACUGCGCUACCGGGGAGGGUGGACUCAUACAGGUGUGCAUGGAGGGCGUUGGACUCCUGUUCCAUCACAGCAAGGAUUUCGAGUUCUUUGUGCGACUCGAUCACAUACGAAAAUGCUUCACACAGAACGGCGGUAUCUUCGUUUUAGAAGAAUUUAAUCCCAAAACGAGACAAAUAAUACAGAGGAAAUACAAAUCGAUAAUGGCGGAUCAGAUAUGUUACGCGGUGCUGUGCGUGUUCUCAUACUUCGCGGCGGGACACGAACAGAAGAAGGCAAUCUUGGAGCAGGCAGCGCGCAUACAGCCGACCGCCGCCGGCAACAUCGAAGUACCCGUCACUACGCGGACACAGUCUAGUCCACAAAUGGAUAGGCAGACCUCGGACAUUCGUGUUGGGGUAGUUCCCGAAAGACGGGUACCGCCAGAUAAGCAGACGCGGGUCCUGCCCGAUAAGCCGAGAGUGCUUCCAGAACAACCUAAGCAACCUGAUGGGGGUGGAGUUGAGAAGAGAGGACGUGAAAGUUCAGAGGGAGGGAAUAUUGACAAGAGGGAGAAUCGGGAGAAGUCGGAGAAUACGCAUACAAUAGCGCACAGGACGGAGAGUUUGCCGCCGCGCCGCCCGCCGCCCCCUGCGCCGCCGCAGACCGCCCGCCUGGCGCGCGCACAUUCGCAGGCCAGCCCGCCGCGCCCGCUCGAACCACCUACGAUUCCGCCACGGCCAGGAGGGGCACGCACGGGCCCACCGCCGGCCUUGCCGCCGCGCCAGCAGUCCGCCGCCGCCGAUAUCUGUACUAGUCCUAGAGAUUCCGCAUCGUCGAGUCCUGUGCGUCGCGGCACGCUGUCGCGUCAGAGCUCGGCAACGUUCGCGCCUACCAACCCUUUCACUGCGCCGCGACACACCGAGUUCGUCAUACCGCAGCGUAACAACUCGCGCCGCCCGUCCGCUGAUAGAAAUUGAACAUCCUUGUGUUCGGUCCCACGCUAUUUCUGAACCUUUUACGUUGUCUAUGUAGAAAAAACGUUAUUUAAUUUAGGAAGUGAUUUCUUCUCUCUUUGUAGCGAGUAUAUAUGUAUUAGAAAUCACGUACACGGAAUGGGCUUUCAAUGCAUUAUUACGAUUACGAUAUUCAAAACAAUCACUAUUUGUUAUUCAUCCCAGAAUAUCUUAUUAAAAUAUAAGAGCCCUGUAUUGUAUUCAAUUAAUCAAAACAAUUGAUUGUUUUAAGUAUGUUGAUCGAGGGCAUCUAAAUGUAUAAAAUCCAAAUGCAACUUACUUAGUACCUACUAUGCCGUCAAAAUUUAAAUUUAGUUUGUUGUGUCCUGAUCAACUAGCACUAGCAAAUGCAGCAGACAAAUCGUGCUAUUUAAAAAGGUGCGAUCCUUUUCUUUGUUAAAGUAAUUUUUUUUCUAUUUUCUUCUGUACAUCGGAAGCUUUACUAAGACAUCAGGUCAGGUCUUCGCACGCAAAUCGCUAUUGGAAGGGAUGAAACCACGCAAAGUAUUAUCUAUAUAUAAUCUGUAGGCGUAACCGGUAACCGAUACAGUUAACGUUUUAUUUUUUUACUUAUUAUAAUACUAACAUAACCCAUUCCAUGUGUACUAAUUAAAAUUAUACCUAUUUCUUAAGGGUCAUAAACGACCAGGAGUAAAAGCAUUAAAAUCCGACAAUAACAUAGAUGUUAUUCAUAAAAAAAAUUACACCUGGUCAUCAUUUCCUUGCACGUACACUUCAUUUUUUGCAGAAAAUAUUGUUACAAAUUAACAAUGUAAUAAGUACUAUACAUAGUUCCUAUUCCGAUGAAAAUAUCGCACGCUUAUUGUGAUCAUAAUUACUAUAUUUAUUAAACGUGCAAUAUUUCAAGUAUGUCGAUUAAUCUGGUCCUUUUUGUAAAUCACAUAUAUUGUCAUAAAAAAGCUUGACUUCUGUUAUCAAUAAUAGUGAUAUUAUGACACGCAAAUAUAAUAUUUAUUAACAUAACAUAAUAAUGAAAAUUACAUACAGCUCAACCCGCACCAAUAGUAAAUAAUAUCGGUGAUAAAUAAAUAUAGGGUCUAGUGGUGUUGCCAGUAGGAAAAAUAUUUAAAAUAAUUGACAAGUUAUAUUUUCAUAGAGAAGAAAGAUGUUUAUAAAAAUAAUAAAAAUUCAGUUUGUAGAAAUAGUGUCUUAAUUGUACUUAACCUAUAUUGUUAUUAGUUUAUGCAAAUAAAGUUAGUAAUUAAUAUUAGUUUCUUUAAAAGCGUUAAAGUUUUCAUUAUAUAAUUGAGGAUAUUUUAAUGUAAGCAUUGGCAGUAUUUUGUUAACCGGUUCAAAUGGAGGUUUGUUCUUUAUAGAUAUAUGAAUGUAACCUAGUACGAAAGGAGAAAUGUACCAAAAGCCUUUUAUUAUUGCGCUUCCUGCUCUGUUGCUGCAUUCAAUAUAAGAGCAACAUCAGGACUCUUUCGCCAAGCGUGAUAAAGCAUAAAUAAGAAAUGAAAUCCAGGGUUUUCAGAGUUUAAUAAUUGAAUUCAAU